UUCGCCCGCAGCCUUGACCCCGCCUGCCCAGCCAUGGCAGCCUCACUGAGCCGCCUCUGCUUCAUCUCCCUCCACGUGCCCUACAGGCAGGGAUGGGCCCAGGACCUGGCCAAAACCUUUCGCUUCCAGCCGGUGGCUGUGCGGGAGACACCGCGGGUCCGGCAGCUGGCCCUCCAACGGGGAGCUGCUGUCUUCCUCCUCAAUGAGCGCCUGGCACCGGAGCCUACCCACAGCUCCUCUCCCGAUUUCCUCUAUGACGUUGACCCCCGGCCCACUUUGGGCACAGCCUCCAACGUCUGCUUUGAAGUGGAUGACGUACCACAGCUCUGCAAGUGGCUGCAGAGCCAGGGAUGCUCUCUGCUGGUGCCCCCCACUGAAGUGAGGGAUCGUGGUGGCUCUGUCACCUAUGGGGUGGCAAGCUCUGUUGUGGGCAAUAUAAGCCAUACCCUUUUGGACAGAUCUCGCUACCAGGGACCCUUCCUGCCUGGCUUCCAACCCAUUCCAGGAGCUUCCUCAGCCACAAAGGACAGGAUCGAGAUCACCCACUUCGACCAUAUCACUUACGUCUGCCCACGGGGCGGUGCCCGGGGAGCUCUGGACUGGUACCAGCGCUGCUUUGGCUUCCACCGCUUCUUGCUGAACCCACAGGAGAGGCCGUCUGAAGGGUAUGUGCUUGAAGGGCAGGGAGUGGGCAUGCUGCUCCUUGCACUGCAGAGCGCCCAGGGCACCCCACUACCUGGCUGCAAGCUCAUCUUUGCUGAGUCUCUCUCAAGGGAUGGCUCCAACCAGGUUGAUACCUUCCUAGAGCAGCACGGUGGGGCUGGGAUCCAGCACGUUGGCCUCCACACCACUGAUAUUAUCACCACGACCAGGGCUUUGCAAGAGCAGGGUGUACGGUUCUUCACACCCCCUGCCACCUAUUACAGCCAGGGGAGCAAAGCAGAGGAGAUCCGGGGGGCUGGGCAGGACCCACAAACACUGGCAGAGCUUGGCAUUCUGCUGGACACCACAAUGUCCAGGGACAAGGGGCAACUAGGUGUAGGUGCUGCAGAGAGGCCUUCCCAGGAGUAUUUAAUGCAGAUCUUCACCCACCCCAUCUUCUCCGAGGAGACCUUCUUUCUGGAGCUUAUUGACCGUCGGGGAGCACCAGGCUUUGGGGAAGGCAAUAUACAGGCACUGUGGAAAGCUGUGCAGGUCUAUAUGGACCAGCAGCAGUAGUGGCAGCACUGCAAUUCUCCUCCCUCAGCUCCCUAUCCUCUCUGCCCAGAGUUGGACCAAAGACACUGCUUCCUGUGGCCAAGGUGGGCAGGGACCAAGGGAGUUCUCCAAGUCAAACCACAGCCAACACGACACAGGGGCCAGUUGCUUAGGGGCAAGUCCAGUGGAGCUCUGAGCAUUCCUCAGGAUCCUUGGGUUGCAGAGUACAUUGGCCUCUCAUGAAAAAAAACUUGCUGCCUUAAUUUUAUGGCAUUUUAAAGAAACUUGUGUCUCAGCAUAGCUAUGAAUGCUGCUGGCACAGCAACACCCCCAGACACAAGGGGAUGAGGGGUGUGGACUAUCUGGGGGCCAUGACAGGUUUGUUUGUCAAGUUAACAGCCAGAGCACAACCAGUCCUCCAGCAAUGGCCUCCUGCUCUUCUCAAUUAAAGAAUUAACUUGCAGGCACUGCUUUGGUUUCUUUCUCCUCCCAUUU